AGUAUGGCCGCGGGGGCGCGCUUUUUCUUUACGCCCACGAGAAUAUGUCUAUGUACAAGAGGAAUAGAUUGUGUGAUAUGCUGCCAUUUAGUCACCUCAUGGGGUUUAUCUGAGGUAUCUCGCUGAUUUAUAUAUAAAAAUUAUGCAAAUAUGGUUAAGAACACAGGUACAGUUGUGUGUAAAAAUGUGUGUACAUUUGCCUUAUUACAUCAUACUGCCACUGGGGGCGCUGUCAACAAUUUAACGUCAAGUCACAGUAAUGUUGACGGAAGUGAAACAAAGAGCAAAACAAAUUCAGAGCACGUUUCUCCAACAUCCUACUUUGCACUUUUUUUUUUUUUUUUUAGCGUUGCCUGUUACAAAUUGAUAUACAGUUCACCCGCCUGUAAUGAGGAGAAAUGUAAUCUGUUAUUUAAAAAGAGUUUUCGGUUAACUAACUCGUGCAAUGCAGCCCACUUCUGACUGUACUAACGAGAGCUCAGCGCUGAACUUGAGUUGUACUGGUUCCGGUUUUCACGUUCUACUGGGUGUAACUGGUAGUGUUGCAGCACUGAAGUUGCCUUUGUUGGUGACGCAACUUCUUGAAAUCCCUGGGAUUGAAGUACGGGUAGUCACCACAGACCAUGCCACCCAUUUUUACAAAGUUGCUGAGGUUCCUGUCCGUGUCUACACAGACAAGGAUGAGUGGGAGAUGUGGAAAACACGCUCUGACCCUGUGCUACACAUAGAGCUGAGACGGUGGGCCGACCUGCUAGUCAUUGCUCCAUUGGAUGCGAACACACUCGGCAAGAUAGCCAGUGGUAUUUGUGACAAUCUUCUGACAUGCAUUGUAAGAGCGUGGGAUAUGAGUCGUCCUCUACUGUUUUGUCCUGCCAUGAACACAGCCAUGUGGCAGCAUCCGAUCACUGCCCAGCAAGUAGCCACACUUCAGGGCUUCGGCUAUGUGGAGAUCCCCUGCAUUUCUAAGAAGCUGGUCUGUGGAGAUGAAGGCAAAGGUGCAAUGGCAGAGGUGUCAACUAUUGUAGAUGCCAUCCAACAGUAUCUUCCAAGACCAGCUGUUUAAAUAACAACACACGUGGAUGAACACUGAAGUUGGAAUAUAUGAUACUAUGA